AUGGACCCCGGAGGUGUACACACGAGCAACUGUUUUCCUGCUAGAAACCUUUUCCGGACUAGUCAUGGAGGGGCUGGACAUUGGCUGGUUUCACAGAAGACCCCGCAGGAGAAUAACUUUCGGACGGUUGUCUGUUCUGCUUCCUCGGAUCAGAAGAGAAGGUUGGAGAUCCAAGACAUUCAACGUCGGAGCAGCAGCCGCCCCGCGGGCAGGACAGAGCGUACACCCAAAUAUGUAUUGGAUGCAGCGUUCCUGAUGAAAGUCCAUCGAGUAAAGGAUCCCUGUGACCUGUGCGCUGUGGAUGUCAGCGAUAAACGCCUGAUUGCGGCCAGGCCAGAGGAGUUUUUUUUCUGUUUAAUAGCGUCGCCUACAUUAACGCAGCCGAGAAUGCGCUUGCUUUAGAGAGUUUUCGGACAUUUCUACAACUCAGAGAGCUGGAGCUGCCUUUGAACAGGAUCCGGCAUAUAAAAAUCGAACCCGGAGAUUUCCCACAUCUUGAGGUACUGGAUCUAUCAUACAAUAGCCUGUCUCCAGGUGACAUCACACACCUAGGGUUACUCCCACGACUCGGAGUACUCUACCUGACAGGAAAUCGGCUGACUCAGCUGCCCCCUGACCUGACCACUCCACCAUGGAAUGAUGACAAUAUGACAAUGUUCCCAUGUCUGGAAAUCCUGAUGUUGGACGACAAUAGACUGUCCCACCCAUCUGUAUUUGGGAGCCUGGCUGGACUUAAAAAGUCUACGUCUGCUGAACCUGGACGGUAAUGGUAUCACUGCGGUCCCGUACCUUCAUCAAUCUGAGAGCAGCCUGCAGGAUGGAGAGGCAGAGAACAUGGACACCGCUGUGAAGGGUAGUCACAAGACCCCAGAGAUGAGAGACAGAGAGAGUUCUCUGUGUGAGGGGAUGGAUGAAAAGCUGGACUACAUGGUCCUACCCAGCACUAAGGAUCCAGACAGGACAGAAGUGAUAUUCCCAUCCAUACAGAGCGCCAAAUCUUCUAAUCCCUUCCCGAAGCCCCCAGAGACCACCAUCAGCUCCUCAGUCUUGCCCAGCUUCCUGCUGUCCUCCACAGAAGAGCUAAUCCAGUCCUUCACUCCUCCACUGCCGAGCCUGACAACCCUCAGCCUGGCUGACAACAAGAUAGAACAUGAAGAGGACCUGUUAGCUGUGGCUCUCUUCCCAACCCUGGAGGAGCUGGUGAUCCAUGGGAACCCAUUGACUACCCGCUGGAAAGGAGAUCCUCCCUUGCUGAAGAGCUUCCUCCAAGAACGCCUUGGAGUGAAAAUUGCUCGGAAAAAAAUGGUGGCAGUUGGUAAACCUCACUUGGUGAUUCCCAUCAAAGAAAAGAGAAAGGUCAGCACGCACGUCCCUAAAAUCCCCAAGCAGCCUCUGAUGAUUGAGCCUCCACUACUUCCUUUUCUGAGACAGUUUGGUCAUGACAGUGACAUCACAGAACAUGUGAUGUCAUCCAGUCCUCUCCCUCCAAUCAGAACUUCUCCAAAGAGAGAUCAAGACUCCACCAUGGGACAGAAUCGAGAAUCCAGCGGAAUGCAUGAGCCAUCAGAGGAGGAGAUGAAUUUCAGCUCUGAACCAACCGUUGAGUCUGUCUUCAUGACGCAGGUGGACGAUCUGUUGGACCACCCGCACUGCACCAGCUCAGGCACCACCCAGGAGGAACAAGAUUUGGAAAUCAGCCAGAAUCUAGAACAUACAGAGAUCCCAGAGAAUUUCAGAGGCUAUGAGGAGUUCUACGAUGUGAAGACUGACCCUGAUUUCAUAGAACCAAAUGGUAUACAGAACAAUGUCCGCGCUCUGGAGUACGCACUGAGACGCCUGCAUGUGUACCAUGACUGGAAGCCCGGAAUGGGCAGCAAUCAGAAGCCGUACAUUCCUCGGGAAAGCCAGCUUGAGAAAGAGCUUCAUCCAAUGACCUGGAAGAAUAAGAAAGAGGCCUUAGCAGAUGUCCUGAUUUGUAUGAGAGAACGGCGCCCUCUAGUGGAGGUUCCUCUGGAAUCUGCCUUGGAGAAGAAUAAAACCAGCAGAGAACACAAAGAGGCGAGGCAUUUGACGAAAGAUCUUCAUCGGAGAUAUGAAUUCUUUCAGUCCGAAGCUGUGAAAUUUGCUGCCGAGUUGGAAGGCGAACUCAAACACACGGCCAAGGAACUGUUAGCGGCUCAGGGAAAACUAGGAGACCAGAAGGUCCAACAAGGACCAAGACGUGAACCAAAGAGCCCCCCCAAGUGA